AUUUUUUCCAAAUAAACACAGCUUGAUUCGACUUGGGUGGGCAGACUUAUCAACAGACUAAUUCUAUAAACAAAUGAGGGAAUAAACCGAGCUCACCAUUGGCUGGUGGGUAGGGGACACACGGGAAGAGAGAAGGCAGAGAGACGAAGAGACGGGGCUUUUGGGGCAAUGAAAUUUUAAUUAAUGUGGGUGGGCUGAGAGAAACACAACGAGUGUUUAUCAUAGACAAUUUAUUUUCCAGCGCUAAGUCAACAUAAAAAAGCAAAACGUGCAACAAUUAACGUUGCUGACUAGUGCAGGACAGCCAGACGGACUGACUCUCGGGCGUCGUUGUAGCAUCUCUAUGGACCGCAGCUCGCGCUCUUUUGAUCCGGCGCGCAUUUAACGGGACUCAACAUGAACUUAUACCACGGCCGGGUAUCGCAGGGACCCGCGGGUCUCAGCCUUACCAAUUCGUCCCUGAUCUAUCUGUAUGGUGGAGAAGUGGGAGGCGUGAUACCGGCACUGGGACUCGCAUCAGCUCGACAGGAACCUCCACAGAAGCCUCCGUACAGUUACAUCGCGCUCAUCGCCAUGGCCAUCAAGAGCGCACCAGGCAAGCGCGCCACGCUGAGCGGUAUCUACCAGUUUAUUAUGGACCGCUUUCCGUUUUAUCACGACAACAAACAGGGCUGGCAAAACUCCAUUCGACACAACCUGUCGCUGAACGACUGCUUCAUCAAAGUGCCCAGGGAGAAAGGGCGCCCGGGUAAGGGCAGCUACUGGACACUAGACCCUAAGUGCCUGGACAUGUUUGAGAACGGCAACUACAGGAGGAGGAAAAGGAAGUCCAAAAUGCAGGAGUCUAGCGAGGCUAAACCAAGUCACAAACGAAACCGGGGUCCGACUCCUCUGGUUCCGGGCACCACCAAACUUUGCGCAGGAACGCCGGCUUUGAAAGACGGGACCAUGACUAGUGAAAAGCCACUGGCUGAAAUGAUAAUUCAGCACAAAGACCAAGAACUUCCACCUCGAGGACAUCUGAGCUACUCUCCUCCCAGCUCUCUGAAACACUGUCGUGGCGCAAAUCCGGCCAGCGCGCGUCCCCGCUCCGUAACCGCGGAUCAAAGCGCGCCUCCGCCGAAGCCCAAGCAUCAGUCAGAACUGCUGUCUCCACAGGUGCGCGAAAUGCACACUGGGAAUUCCACGAGCGCAGACAGCACUGCUGGCACUCCGACUCUGGGUUGGGCGAAACUUCGCGAUGCUCUUCCAAAGGGAGACUCCAAAGAUCUAACGGACAGCAAGAAGACUUCAGACAAAUCGAAAGAAUUUAGCAUAGAUAGCAUUUUAGCAAAAAAGGUGAACCGGCUCCAACGUAGGUGCAGCUGCGGAGGCUCAGAGUCUGCGUGUCUAGAAACGCGUCAGCGCGCGCUCGCGUCAGCGCUACUUCCGGCUGCGCACGCGCCGCACCUUUAUCCGAGAGCCUACCCGCUGUGCUCCUAUAUGUCCCUGGCGUGGCCUGAAACUCUGCUCCAGUACUGCGAGAAGAGGGGUGAAAAAUUUGUCUGAGAUAUGACAGAUAUCAACACGGGACAUCUGACUGAGGAAUCAAACUCACAUCUGUAGCAGUUGUUCUUAACGCGAAUAGAGCAGGAACUCACUGCAGCUCAGAGUCAAGACUCCUCAACUCACCUGAUCCAGCUGAUGACAUCUGUCGAAGAAGCUCUGAUAGGCUAUACAGAUGUGUUUUAAUAACUGGAGGUGGUGAAAGUCCCUAGUAUUGCAUGAAAUUUGUUGUUAAGAGGUCUUAGAGUGCUGGCUGAACUCAUAAAAUAGAAGAUUUGCUUCAAUUAACGCAGGCAUUGAACUAACAUGCACACUUAUGAAUUAAGAUCUACAGUGUUUAAUUAACUCCUGCAGUGUUCAUUUGGGUCCAAGCUGAUUAUUUUCCAAUAACCGAGUGUUAGUGGGUGCUCUGAAGUGUUUUAUAAGCUCUUAUAACACAGCCCAUAAUUACAAUUAGCCAAGAAUUUCUUAUGAUUAUCGAAUGACACAUCACAUGUUAAACCUUUUAUAGUUACAGGCAACGGUGUGGAACAUUAGUUCCUCUUAUCACCAAUGUUACACCAGUUAUAAAGAGUCACACCCUCACUAGCAUCUAUUUUCUGUCUUUUGAAACAACAAAAUGCAGAUGUGAAGCAGCGUUAUCAAGAAACCAGAAAUAAGUUUCCACGACAGAAAACUGCUUAAAACGUGCUGACACAGAAGACUCCUUCUAUAAAUGUUAAAUUUCAAUCUCUAGAAAGUAUAUAUCUUUGCUGAAUAACAAAUCUUUUAUUAUUAGCUGUAGAUUGGGGUACAUGUGAAAGUUGUUACUACACUGUCAGAAAAAAGGGUACCGCGGAGGUACAAUUUUGUUCCUAGGGGAACAAAAAAUAGGUACAAAACAGGGUAUACCUUGGGGUACAAUUAUGUUCCCAAAACAAGUUAUAAAUGUACAACUAGAGGUACAAAAUUGUACCCUUCAUGGUACCACUCCAGCGACGACCACUUGUACCUUAAAAGGUACAGUUUUGUACCUUUCUUUCUGAGAGUGUACAAAAACAUGAACGUAUUUGAAUUCCGCUGGCAUUACUGUUGGCAAAGACAUGCUGUUUAUUAUUAAUCAACAUCUUCUGACCAGUCAGAAUAAAAUAUCCAGCAGUGCUGUGGGAUAAGACACAGUAAUAAGGGCUUAUUUCAAUACCUUAUUUCAAUAACUGCCAUAAAUUAUUAUUAUUAUUAUUAUUAUUAUUAUUAUUAUUAUUAUUAUUAUUGUUGUUGUUGUUGUUGUUGUUUGGCACAGCUUGGGUGGCCCACUUCAAAGGUUCACAUAAGGCUGACAGUAGUUAGCUCGGUUGAUGGAUUAUCCGUCGAGAGCUGCUCCAUGCAAACCCUCAUGGAUGUUGCUGUUUAAAUGUAAAUGUUUAUUUGAACUUUGAUUAUUAUGCUCCUUUCAGUGCUUGUAAAAGAAAUGCAAGAUAAAUUACAAAUUGUAUCAUGUUGUUGCUUUUCUUCGCUCCUUAAGUACCUCAUGGAUGCAAAUAGUUUGGAACAUUUCUGAGGAAAAACAUAAAAGGAGUGAACGAGUGGUGUCUGUGGAACACUUAUUGUAUAAAUAAAAUAUU